AUGCUCGAAUGGUAUCGCCCGAUUUCACUCGACGAAUUACUUUCUCUUCGUCAUUCUUAUCCUGGUAGUGCAUCGAAGCUCAUCUUCGGAAAUACUGCUGUUCAAAUUGAAAGAAAAUUUAAACGCAUCCAACAUCAUCGUCUUAUUUCAAUAACACAUAUUGAUGAAUUACAACAAUUAAAAAGAACACCGAAUUCAUUUAUCAUUGGUGCUGGUAUUACAUUCACACACUUACAAUCAAAAUUACAUGAAUGGAAGAAAGAAGUGAACAAUGAUGGCGGUAUUUGUGAAGCUCUAAUUGAUCAACUGAAACACUUCGCAUCGACGCAAAUACGCAACGUUGCUUCGUUCGGAGGUAGUAUUGUCAAUGCUUCGCCGAUGUAA